CCGAGGCAGCGGCCUCCUGAGCCCCGCUCGGCCCGCGGAACACGGGGGCGGGGCGGACGCGGCUCCGGGCGACCCGCUGGGUGCGCUAGUGCUCGGGUCCCGCCGCCCUGAGGCUCGCGCUCGUGCGGGUCAGUCGGUCGGCAGGGCCUGCGCGGGGCCCGGGCCCAUGGCGGCGUCGGCGGCUCUGUCUGCGGCGGCGGCUGCGGCGGCCCUGUCUGGCCUGGCGGUGCGGCUGUCGCGCUCAGCUGCGGCCCGAGGCUCCUACGGCGCCUUCUGCAAGGGGCUCACGCGCACGCUGCUCACCUUCUUCGACCUGGCCUGGCGGCUGCGCAUGAACUUCCCCUACUUCUACAUCGUGGCCUCGGUGAUGCUUAACGUCCGCCUGCAGGUGCGCAUCGAGUGAGCGGCGGCAGCGAAGGCCCGGCUGAAGGGGCGCCCGUGUCCCCGCCCGCCGCCGGCCGGGUCGCCGGCAUGAAGGGAAGCUGGGCCGCGGCGGGGGGCGGAGGCGGGGAAGCUCGGGCCCCUGGACUCUAGACCUACGCCGCCAGGGCACGACGGCCCAGCCCUGGCCCCGGCUGCGGUCUCAGCCCGGGGACCCUGGAUCACGCAGAAACGCACUGAAUGGGCCCCUGCCAUCGGGCUCCAGAAACUACCUGGGCUCGGCCGACCUGUUGCCUCAUAUUGGCCAAAGAGGGGGAAACCAGAAGGAGGGAAUUCUGCUGCGGCGACUUGACUUUCCAGGCCCCGAGCAGAAAGGCAUUGGCGUUUGUAGGCAGUGACCCGCCCCUUCUCUGGCCUUGCCAAGAGUCACAUCCCUGCCCAGGGGCACCUCUGGCCCUGGACCUGCUUGGGCAGAGGCAGCGUGAAGGGCCUGAACAAGAGGAGAAGAAGGGCCUUCCUAGUAGAGGCACAGCAUGGACAAAGGCUCACAGGGGUGGGGGUGCCCAGUGAUCGAGUCCUGGCUUGGGAAGGAAGUUCUGAGUUCCCUGGGAACUGAAAUCUGCUAGCAGCACUGUGAGAGAGGUGUAUUUCCCCCUCCUAAUGAGAGAGGAAACUGAGGCUUGGGGGAGGGGGGGAUUUGCCCUUGACAUGCAGAUAGGAGGAGGAGGAACUGCGUGUGCCCCUGGGCCUGCAGGCCCCCACACCCCUCCCCAGUCUUCUCCAAGACCUGGCAUGGUGGGAGGAGGGAGGGGGAAGUGGAGAGGGAAGCACAGGGCUCCUGAGGCACCAAGGGAGAGAGGGGCCCAGGGGUAGGGAGUCUAGGAAUGUCGCUUUCCUUGGAGCAGUAUGGAAAGUCACAGGGAAGAUCAGGAGGACAGACAGCUGAGAUGGGAGACAGGAGAGAUGAGCCCCAGGACCCCUGGGGAGCCAAGCUCUCCCCCACAUCCUAGCCUCUCACCCCCCCUGGAGCUUCACCAAGGGCUCCUCAGCAGUGAAGUGGCACAAGCCUCCCAGUUUGGUGGGCAAGUAGGGGUGAUCUUGGUGUUGUGGCUCCUGGAGACACGACAUAACCAGGAGGGUGAAGGGAUAAACCUGGGAUGGGUGGGGGCUGAGACCCAUGGCAUGACCCCAAUUCUCUCUCCUCAAGCUCGACCCCCCAUCCCCAGGAUCACACAGGAGAAUCUCAUCCUCACGGCUUAGAUUGGUCCUGGGGGCCCCUGGGUGUGCUGCUAACUGGUGUACAAUGGUCAGGAGCAGCCCAGAGGGGAGGCAGGAAGGGACCCUCGCCCUUACCUUCUAUCCCCAUUUCCGCAUCUCUUGCACUGGUACCCCGAGGGCCACGUUCUCAGUUCCUGGGACUGAAAACUGCAGCAGUCUGGCCAGCUCCAGGGACAGAGUGGCCCAGCCACCUACCAUGUACCCUCCUCAGCUGCCCACUGGACUCAGGUCCUGAAUGAAGCUGUCCGUCUGCCUCACCCCAGAAGAGGCUGGACAGUGGCUGCCUUGUGCCCCCUGCAGUCUCCCACAGCCAGGGCCCGAUGGGGUGCCUCCUUGUCCCAAGUUUCUUGGGGACCCCUGACCCUGUUGGCCCCUCUCAUCCACCCCAACCCUGUCCACCCUGGACCACCUCUGGGGGCCUGUCAGCCUGCUGGUCCCCCCAACAGAUCUUUGGGGGCAGCGUCUAUGGGACAAGAGUGACACAGGGCUGGAGAAGAGAAGUGAGGAGCCUCCUUGUGUCUGAUGCACAGAUGUGGCCCUUUCAAACCCUGGCGUCACCCUCUGGGUGACUGGAUCCCCAGCUCCAGCCUCUUCCUGGGCCAGCCAGGAAGGCUGCAGGAAAGCUCUUUGCUGAGUGCAUGCGUGGGAGUGUGGGGGAUGACUGAGCCCUCCCCAUGCAAGGGGCUUGGCCUGGGACCCUGAAAGCUGUUUCCCUACUGGGAUAAAGGUGCGUCAGAGCCGCAGGGGUCUCUGCCCUCAAAGACCCCCCACUGCAGGGAGCCCCACUCCAUAAGAGGGUCACGGAAGUCCAUGUCCGCCCACCCUCAGCGGCUGCUGGUGUGGCUGUAUUGGCCUAGAGGGGCUGGCUGGGGAGGGUCAGGGCCAAGCCCUCAGCAUCCGCUGCUGUCCCUGCUUUUUCACCCCUGCUGCCUGAAGUGGUAGCCCCGCCUGUUGCUUCUCUACCUCCCCUCCCCACCUCUUCUCUCCCAGAUGGGGCCCUUGCUGCGUGACGGGGUCUCCAUGCACUUUAUUUAUUUGCAGUCUGUUUUCUAGGCGGUGGAGCUUCUAGACACCGACCGGAAUGACAUACUUUUCUGUGUGUGAUUCACUGUGUACUGGUCAGCACAGGCUGGCCAGAGAGAUGUUCUUGUUUCUGGUGUUGUCACGUCUUCUUGUUUUCUCUAAGUUAAAAAAAAGUCCUUGGUUUAAUACACUAAAACCCCAACUGGAGGCCUCCCGUGUCUGGUGGGGGUGAUGCAGUGGCCCCGGGUGGAGAGAGGCCCCAUGGUGAGGUCACCGGCUCCCAUGGCCAGGAGUUGGCAGGGAGAAGCCUCUGAGGGAUAGGGCUGGGGGAGGCUGUGGCAGAGACCGUGUUUCCUGUUCAGAGGCUGUGCUGAGAACCGACUUGAACCGGACCACUGCCCCAUGAGAAGCAGGCAGCAUCCUAGCCUGGCCCCGAGAGGUAGCUGCUUGUCCUGUUGACAACCUUUGUUCAACGACCCAAAACAUAAGUCCCUUUCCUUUUUAGAGUCUGGUGAUCAAAAGUGUCUUAAGUCAGUAGAAUCCUGAGGGUAGACUAGGGUGAAGUGAACUGAAACAGACUCGACCCAGGUCAUUUUGUAUAGCACUGAGACUCCUCUCCCUUCCUGAGGCCACCUCCCACUGCCUCCCUACCAGCAAGGUUACUGCAGAAUCUUGGAGAAGAUAAAGGACCUGGCCCUGGAAGCCUGCUUCCCUUUCCCAACCUUGGAAGCAAAUUCUGUCCCAUCAGAGCCUCCCUCCCUAGUGGCUCCCACCAGAGAGCUCCCUAGUGGCUGCUGUAAGGGUUGGCAAGCAGGCAAAAGGCGGGGGAGGGAGGGCAGAGGGUAGUGUUAGAGGAAGCCCCAUAGGGCCCCCGGGGGGGUGGUGGGGAGGCAUCCUGAGGACACAGGGCUAUGCUCAGACUCAGGAGUGAAGACUGGGUUUAGGGGCCCUGGGGGCACUCCUGUUGCCAAGGGCUACCCAGGGGUCAGAGCAUCCUGACAAGGAGGGCCCGUCCAAAAGCGCUGGUGCUAAUGCCCUAUGGCAUCUGCCACCACAGGAGAAAUGGACCCCAGUCCUUGAGCUUCCCUCCCCUUUGUCUAGAUGGUCCUCUUUAGCCACACUCCAGGAAUCACGUGACUUGGCAAAACCAAGAUGGGAAAUGAUCAUCCCAGAGCCUGGCUCCAAGGCCUCUUGAGGGACGACCACCCCUCCCAUCCCUGCUACAGAGGAAAAGAAGGCAGGAAGGCCGGUUCUGCUCCGAUGGGACCCCAGGAGACCAAAACCCUGAGCCGUGAGCCCAGCUCUUCCACUUACUACUGUGUGGUGCCAGGCAAACUGCACAACCUGGAGUUUUUAGUAAGGCUCCGUUGGGAUGCUUGUAAGCAGUGAAUACGAUGAUGUCUGUUCAUUGUUUGUCAUCAGGUCUCACCUGGAGCAGCCUUGUUACUGUGGGGAAAAGGAACUAAGUGAAGGGAACCGACCUCUGAUGAGAGCCUGCCAUGUGCCAGGCACCGUUCUAGGUGCUUUGCAUUCCUAAUCUCAUCAUAAUCCCACAACUACCUAACCAUUAUCCCCAUUUUACAGAGAAACCAAAGACAGGAACCAAGUCUGAAAUAGAACCCCAAGAAGAAGCUCUUUUCCUGAGUUGUCAGUGCCCCUUGGAGAGGCAGGGAAUUGGGCUGGAAGAAUGGUGGAAUGGAAUAGCAAAGAUGGAAGAUGACCCUGUCCUUUCUGGGUGAGGUCCAGAAGAAAUCCAGGGCUUGGAUGAGGGGUAGACCUGAGAGCCUUCUCCAAAUGGAGCUCCCCAGUGGGAGCAGCUGUGGCCACCCGGAGAUGGGUCCACCUGUCUUCCUUCCAUUCUACCUCCAGAGAUUGAUUGGGACCUAAGAGACUGAGUCAGGAGAGGGCAAGAAAGCAGCUAAGCGGGAAGUUUCAGGGGCACCAGAGCAAAUACAUUGAGAAAUGGGAAAUAUAAAGAGCAUGCAAAAUCACAUCCUAUUCCUACCCACCCCACUCCCAAGGGAAAUUACUGGGUUUUGGACGAAUUUUCACUUUGUGUGCACUUUUUAUGUAUGUAAAACUACAAACAUACUACUUUGAAAUCUGAUUCCACUAUUUCAUGUUUGUCUUACCAUGUUAUUAUGUAUUUUCCUACAUCCAAAGCUACCUAGUAUCUCUUUUGUAUGAAGGUUUCUUCAUGUAUCCCCCAGUGCCCUUUGGUUGUUUUUCUUUGUUGUCAUUUAUUUUGGUGGGGGUUGGUUUGCUUUUUGUUGUUGUUUUUCCUUGUUUUUAUAAGUGAUACAGUGACAGAUGCUGUUGUGGAUAAAUGCUGUGUCACAGUCAUCAAUUCCUUGAUAUAUAUUCCUAGAAAGUGCACCAAAGGGUAUGCAUGGCUUAGGGCUUUUGAUACUCUCCAGAGUUGGGAUACCAAGUUACGCUACUCACUGGAGUCAGGAUGAGAGUUUUUUGGUGGCAAUUCUGAUUCAAUAGAUUAAAAAAAUUAUUACUACCUUU